AUGGCUAUGCGGAUUAAGAGACAAGAAGGUGGUGUCAUGGGUGGGGCCAUAAAGUUUUUGGGGACGACGCGACACCACGACAAGUGUCUGAAAGACACUGAGAAUUAUGUGGUAAAAGGUUGCUUUGCAAUGACGGAGUUGGGACAUGGAAGUAAUGUUAAAGGAAUUGAAACAGUUACCGCUUAUGAUUCAAACACUGGAGAGUUUGUUAUAAACACUCCUUGUGAGUCAGCUCAAAAAUAUUGUAUUGGUGGAGCGGCCAAUCAUGCAACACAGACGGUGGUCUUUUUGCAGCUUGAAAUUAAUGGGAAAAAUCAAGGGGUUCAUGCAUUCAUUUGCCAGAUCAGGGGUGCAGAUGGUAAAAUUUGUCCUAAUAUCCAGAUAGCUGAUUGUGGUCAUAAAAUUGGGUUGAAUGGGGUUGAUAAUGGUCGAAUUUGGAAAGAGUUUGAUAAUGUCCGAAUCCCCAAUGAGAAUUUGUUGAAUUCAAUUGCUGAUGUUUCACCUGAUGGAGAAUAUCUUAGUGCAAUCAAAGACCCAGAUCAGAGAUUUGCAGCUUUCAUGGCCGCUUUAACAUUUGGUCAUGAAUGCCGUGAAGCAAUUGGAGGACAAGGCCUGAAGACUGAAAAUCAUGUUGGUCAUUUGAAAAGUGAAAUUGAUGUGCAAUCUACUUUUGAAGGGGACAACAAUGUCCUGAUGCAGCUGAGAUAUAUGGUUGGUCAAUGUAAGGGGGUUUAUCUAGUUGAGGAUCUUAAAGUUGACUUGAAGACCGAGGCUGAGAACACUGCACCAUUGCUACUACAACCAUAA